AUGAUUUUGUACUACUGCUGUGCUUUUGUCACCGGAGGCAUCCUUGUGUCAGUGCUUUAUCAACUCAAUGAUCCCCAACCGACACGAGUUGACUGGGUUGUUUGGUUGACGCGUGUAGGUGUCGUUUGUUGGUUGUUGCUCCUAAUGCGUUGCAUGCGUCACAGAAACCUUUCGGAUGCCGUGCUGGCUAUUCUGUUGUUUGCUAUUUCGGUAACGGAGUGGACGGUUUUUGCAAUGCAGCUGAUCUCUACAGAUUUUCGACUUCAAGAUAUUGUCGUGGAUACGUUUAUUGCGGUGUCUCACACGCUUGUCUUUCCUACUCUUGUUGGGUGGGAUUGGCUAAUGGUGAAUGACAUUGCCCCUGUUUUGUAUGCGAAUACCCCAAAGAAAGGAAGUAGCAUCGGAAUUGAUGCUGCUGCUGCCGGUGAUGAUGAUAGUAAUAGUCGUGGUGUUGGCCACGAGGAUGAGCAGAAACAGAUUGGGUUGCCUCUGCGGCCUCUUAGUGAUGACAUACGCAUAGAUUCCUCUGUCACGUCUGCUUGGUUUUGUAUGGGCGUGCGCCUUGGUGGAGACAUCUCCCUUAUUCGCGCCAUCGUGCACCACUGGGGAGCCACAUACGUCUUGCUCGCAGUUGUGCGUUUCGUAUAUGAGGUUGGGGUUUUUUUCCGGUCUAUCUUCUUCGUGAACUAG